AGAACGAUUUUCUCUGUGAUGAAAAUUAAUGGAAGUUUAAUACCGAAUUUUUUCACAGUAACGGUAAAGAAGAUCAUAUUACUUUUAACUAGAAAACCAAUUUAAACCAAAGAAUGGAAUUUUUUUAUUUUUUAUUUUUUAUUCUAGUAUGCGAUAGUCAGAAUGAGUAUAUUUUUUUAAUUUAUAGUCUUAGCAUUAUUUUGUAUGUUAGAAUUAGUGAACGGAUAAUUUCAUGGUAACAUAUCAUUGAAAAAGUAGCCAAGUCUAAUGACAUAUACCAGUGUAUGCCAUGUGUAAACAUUAAUGUUGUAAUAUAUUGUCAACGUUUUAUCUUCGUUGUGUUUUAUAGAACUCUAUAAUUGGUUUGUACAUUUAUUUAAACAUUUAUAUGAGCAUAUUGAUACGUACUGUAGAUAACUGGUAAGUUUGCGAGAAGGACGAAAGAGGCAGAAGAAAGGUUUUCCACUUGCUCUACCUACCCCCACCAUUGAUUACCCAUCUCUGUAAUUUAUAUUCGGGUCAACGAGACGAGUCGGUGAAGCAAAAUAAGGUGUUUGUGUGAUAUCCACGUGGUCGAUGCUGCGGCUGCAGUCAUUGGCUGUCGAAGAACAUUCACGAGUCACAUUCAGGGACGUUUGUUUACGUUUGCUGACUCGUCCCGUUGGCCUGAGUAUAGGGUCUCGAUAAUACUCCGAAAAUACGUACAGCAGUCGGUCGGAGAUUGUAGACCAUAACCAAUCGAGCCUCGCAAACGUACCAGUUCUAUACAGUAUAUAAAAGUUUGGGAUAAGAGAAGCAUGCAGGCGUUUUUGAAAACGGGAAAAUUGGGACCUGGAGAAUCUAAAAAACCUUCGACAUCACGUACAAAGGAAGAACGUAGCGCCCCAGCACCGCCAUGGGUAGAAAAAUACCGCCCGAGAACCGUGGAAGAUGUAGUCGAACAAGGAGAAGUAGUCGAGGUAUUGAGGCAAUGUUUAAAGGGCAAUGAUUUUCCAAAUUUGUUAUUUUACGGUCCUCCGGGAACUGGUAAAACAAGUACAAUAUUAGCAGCGGCCAGACAAUUGUUUGGUAGUCUUUACAAACAGAGAAUAUUGGAAUUAAAUGCCUCGGAUGAAAGAGGUAUCCAAGUUGUGAGGGAUAAGAUUAAAUCAUUUGCUCAACUUACAGCAGGUGGCUCGAGAGACGACGGGAAACGUUGUCCGCCUUUCAAAAUUAUUAUUCUCGACGAAGCGGAUAGUAUGACCAACGCCGCGCAAUCAGCUCUUCGUCGUACCAUGGAAAAGGAAUCUCAUAGUACUCGCUUUUGUUUAAUUUGCAACUAUGUAUCUAGAAUUAUAGAACCACUGACUUCACGUUGUACAAAAUUCAGAUUCAAGCCUCUGGGAGAAGAUAAAAUCAUAAAAAGAUUAGAGUAUAUAUGCAAACUGGAGGACUUGAAAGCAGAAAAGUCUGUUUUAUUAAAAAUUGUUGAUGUCUCGGGUGGAGAUUUGAGACGCGCCAUAACGUGUUUACAGUCUAUUACAAGAUUAAAGGGUCAAAGCAUCGAAAUUACGGUGGAUGAUGUCGUUGAAAUAAUAGGGGUUGUUCCUGAUAAAUGGUUGGACAAGUUGAUGGAAGUGUGCAAAACAAAAGACUAUAGCAAGGCUGAAGCAUUUGUCGACGAAUUUAUGUUGGAAGCGUACGCUACGUCUCAAGUUAUCGAACAGCUCAGCGAAAGAAUUAUAUAUUCCAACGAAUUAUCGGACAAACAAAAAGCUUUGAUCGCAGAGAAACUUGGGGAAUGUAACUAUAGAUUGUUAGAUGGUGGAAGCGAAUAUAUACAACUUAUAUGUCUUUGUUGCGGCAUAAUGAAAGCUUACGAAUUAGUGUAAGCUUUUAUAGUAUCUAAGCAUACGACAG